AUGCCGCCUCAACCUACACCGUCCGGACCCGCACCUGAUUCACCACGAGCCUCGCAGUCGCCUGCACCAAUAGGCGCUCAAGGCGAGCUCGAAAUGGAACUGCUUGGACUUGCGAAUGCUCUCUACAACCUCGGCACAACCGUGAUCAACGACUCUACCAAGGAACGUGAUAAGCCAGGAGCGAAACCAGUUGGGCCUCGCGUGAAUGAGGUCGUUAACCACCUUACGAACCUUGACCAGAUGGCCCAACAUAUAAUCACCAUGAUCCCAAUGCAGGUGCUCGCUGAUAUUGACAACUCACGAAAUCCGAUGCUCCUGACGAGGGAGAGGCUGGAGCGAGCUGCGACGGAGAACCAGUUCAUGAACGGAAAAAUAGCUGCGAUUCAAUCAUAUCGAAAACAUCUUGACGAGGCCAUUGCUCAGCAUUUUCCAGAGCUUGAGGAGCAUCUGAAAGGAGGGCAUGCCGAGGUUCAACCCUCUGAGUAA